AUGGAGAUCAUUCCAAUGCAUUAUGGUGCUCGACUUGACAUUUACGAUGAUUAUGACGACGACGACGAGAGCAUCUUGGGUGGCAUAAGGAUGUACGCGAGCACGUCGAAAAGGGCAUUUCGAAGAUUGGUGCCAUUGAAAUUGGCGAAUGGUCGAGCGGCGACGGAAUAUGCCGGAAUGGAUCAUGACGAAUGCCUUGAACGGUGCGACAAGGAGUGCGGUGAGGAAGCGUGGCGGAUCGCUUGCUGCUCACACGUCGGACGCAUCGCCAUACUUGUCAUGUCAUUGUUGCUCGUCUACCUCAUCUACAGCGCGUUCUCGAGCACACAAGUCCACCAUUUGACGGAGGCCGUCGAGCCGAGGCAUAAUCUCAAUUUGACGAGAGCCAAUGAGAUAUUAACGGCACUUUGCGAUGCGUACGAGCGGGGCGAUAUUACGGGUGACUCGUGCAAUCGGUUGUGCUAUGAUCGCAAUUGGGUUAUACGAGAUUUCUAUGAUUCGAAUAAGGUCGCGAUAAUGAUCAAAGACGGCGGUCAAACAGCGGUAUUCAAAAGUCAAAAACCUUUCAUUGAAAUGUUUGAAGAGCCGCAUGAAGAUCUCACGAAUGAGCAGUUUUAUAACAAGGUUGUUGAUUUGGUGAAUGAUGAGCUCAUGCUCGGCUGGCCGAAGCAUUACAGUAAACAUUUACUGGAAACGGUGUGGCCGACGUUGUUGCGAACUCGAGGUCAGGCGAUGUCGAAAGCGGAUCGGCGAUCACUUUGGGCGCUUUUGCAGCAGCCCGAAUUUGUUCUGUUCCGGGUGCUACCAUUGACUAGAGUUACGCCAAAGAUUAUUGGAACUUGUGGCCAUAUGUAUCAACCAGAAUCACUUGUUGCUUUCCGUAUGAAGGGUUAUUAUACUAAUUUGAAGUCGAAAAUCUUGGUGCAUCUCAUGGGCACACUGAAAUUGCUCUAUGAGUUUCUCGAUGAGCCGCUUCAAUGGUGCGAUGUUCGGUUUGACAAUCUUGGAUUGUCGGCGGAUUAUCCGAAAAGAUUUGUGCUGAUGGAUGGCGAUAUGGUGUACACGAAAUCGCGCCUCAACUCGUUGUUCAAAAAUCGGCCGUGUCAAACGGACGCGGAUUGCAGCAUCGGUGAUUGUUCGGCGCGAUGCCAAGCCGACAUGACGUGCUCGACGCGCAACAAUGGCAAUCUCGAGGUGUUUUGCGAGAAGCUCGUCAAUAAGCUGUACAACAACAAACAUUGGAAGAACAACAAAUAUCUGGUGGCGUGUCGCGACACGGGACGAAACAUCACCCAGCGAUUGAAUGAGCUCCGGCUCGCUUGGGUUUGGAAUCUGCCCGACGUUGUCGAAUACGAUGUGAUGCCCGAAUAUGGGCCAUUCGAUGAAGAGGAGCCGCUUAUUGAGCCGGAGAAACCGCUCAAAGUCAAAACGCUUGUCACCGCUGUCGGUCUGACUGUCGUCGUGUUCACUUUGCUCAUCUCGACGGUCGCGUUCGCUUCAUUGUAUUUCCAUUUGCUGAAUCAGAACAGUUCGCGAUUGCCGAAAUGGCCGAAGCCGUCGAUCAGUCCGUUGGGAAAAUACUCGAAAGCCGGCGUUGCCGCCGAUCAUGAGAUGUGCUCGGAGAUCGGUCGAAAGAUACUGUUGUCCGGCGGAAACGCGGUCGACGCGGCGAUCGCGACGACGUUCUGCGUCGGCGUUCUCGACACCCAAUCGGCGGGCCUCGGCGGCGGCCAUUUCAUGACGAUCUACAACGCAACGACAACGACGUGCGCGGUGGUGGACGCGCGAGAAGUCGCGCCGCUAGCCGCCACCGAGAGGAUGUACGUCGGCAAAUGGAAUGAGAGUCGCGUUGGUUGGAGAGCGAUAGCGGUUCCCGGUGAGCUUCACGGCCUUCGGACGGCAUUCGACCGAUUUGGGAGCCGAGCGGUUCUCUGGGAUGCUCUUCUAAAGCCGACCAUUGAAAUUCUUGAAGAAGGGUAUCCGACCUCUCAUGCUCUGGCAAAAGCUUUAAAACAAUACGAGGAGAUUAUCAAAAAGGAGCCAACAAUGAAGCAGUUCGUGAAUCCGAAAACUGGCAAAGUCUAUAUGCCCGGAGAGCAGAUUCAAACCAGAAAAAAUCUGCUCGAGACGUUCAAACGGCUUGCCAAUUCGUCCGAUCCGAUCGCCGAAUUCUACGACGGAAAAAUGUCGCGCGAAAUGGUGGCGGAAUUCAGAAGAAAUGGCGGCAUUCUAACAUUGGACGACUUCAAAUCUUAUGCGUCCAUCGUUCACGAUUCAUCCGAGGUGAUCUACACACAAUUGAAGAAUGGAAGAAUCGCGUGCGGACCACCGCCGCCAUCCGGUUCGGCGGUGGCUCAAGCGAUUCUCAAUGUCAUGGACGGCUUCGAGUACAACAUGAAAUCGUUCGACGACAUCGCCAAUUUGUAUCAUCAUUUCAUCGAGGCGAGCAAGUUCAGCUACGCGGCGAGAAGUUGGCUCGGCGAUCCGAAAUUCGUCGCAAACGCCACUCAAAUCGCCAAAAAUAUCACGACGAAACAAUGGGCCGAGAAUGUGAGAUCAAAAAUCACCGAGACAACUCACGACGAUUCGUAUUACGGCGGCUCAUUCGAAGCGCCUCCGCAAGAUCACGGAACUGCACACAUUUCGGUCAUCGAUGCCGAUGGGAAUGCCGUCUCGAUAACGACAACAAUCAAUUUAUAUUUGGGCGCUCUCGUCACCUCGGAAUCGACGGGCAUUUUGUGGAACAAUGAAAUGGACGACUUCUCGACACCCGGCCAUCCCAACUUUUUCGGAUUCCCGCCGUCGCCGGCGAAUUUCAUUCGCCCCGGAAAACGGCCGAUGAGCAGCCAGAGUCCGAUUGUGAUUUUCGAUGAGAAGGCGAACAGCAAUGAGAUUCUCGCAGUUGGCGGCGCUGGCGGAUCGACGAUCAUUUCCGGAGUCGCAGGUGUCGCACUUCAUGCUCUCUGGCUUAAGGCCGACGUCAAGCAGGCAGUCGAUGCUCCCCGAAUGCACAACCAGCUCCAGCCAAACUACACAUGGUAUGAGCCCAACUUCCCAAAAGCCUACAUCAAGUCGUUGGAGCAGCGAGGGCAUUCGAUGCGAGCCGUUAACAAUUUGACGGUGGUAACCGCCGUUGAACGCGGAAAUGAUUUCCAAAUCUAUGCCAAUAGCGAUUUCCGGAAAGGGGAAGAAAGUGCGCCAGCUGGAUACUAA